CUGUGAACAGGUACGCUCGUGUUACCUUUCGUUCUGAACGUGGCCGUGUGCUGUCUACGAGAUUUCGUUCCACACCAACAUUGCUGCGGCCGUUUGCCCGAACAGUUUUAUCAUUUAUCAGUGUGGUUUUUAAUUGAUUAUUUUUCAUUGAUCAGUGUUAUCAGUUUAGUUCGAUAAUUUGGUGCGUUGUCUUGAUCACAUUGUUUACCUCGAUCGAUUUAUUGGUUACCCUUGAAUCGAGAUGUGUGUAAUGAUAAUCAACUAAAAUCCAACGCAACAAUGCCAACAUUAUGGGUUUCACGCUUCGAUUAAUUCUAGGGAGUUUCCUUAUAUUUCAAGUAUGUGGUUUCCCCGGGGACGCAUACGUAAGAAAUAUUCGAGAAACAAAUAUUAACAAUACAACCGACAAACAAGAUGUAGAUGUUACGGAAGCUAACAUACUUGACCAAAAUUUUGGCAAAAGAGUAACUAGCGAUGUAAAUAAUAAUAUCAAACCAAAGACUGAUGUAAAUUUAAAUAAUGUAAAUAUUAGUGAUAUUCACAUAGAAAGAAAAUUAACUUUAAAUGAUCUUGAAACUGUCCCAAAAAACGUAACGUCAGUCAAACUUGAAAAGUCGGAGUCUUACAGAAAAAGUGAACCGAACUUCUUUGACGUUACGACGACCACUGGAGCAAAGAAUGUGAUCAAAAACAACAUAGUCAAAUCAGAAGAACCAACAUCAAAAGAAAAUAAAGACAAUGUAAUAAAAGCUGAAAGUUCAGAAAGUAAAGAGGUAACGAGGGAAGAUAACGCCAGAUCUAUAGAUGUGGACGUAGAUAAAUUCGUAUCACCCGAAUUCCAUAACAUAAAUAAUGUUUAUACCGUUCCGGUGUCUUCUGAUACAGAAAAAUACGUUGACCAUGAGUUCGAUCGCAAAACUGAAACAUCAGUUGUCAAAGACCAUUUAAAGGACACUGUUUUUAACAUAGAUCUCACAACUCCAAAAACUGAAUUUUUUGAUAACAAAUAUAAGGAAGCAGUGGAAAGUGUUAAUCAAAAACUGGAACAUUUGGAUUCUCCAGAGUAUUCGGAUACCAAAGAAGAAAUUAACAUUGAAAAAUUAAUUGAAAAAAGCAAUAACAAUGCCAACUCAACUUUAAAUUAUACCAAAAUAAAAAAUAUUGUAAAUAACAAUGUUGGUAAUAAAACACGUACUCAUAAUGAUCUAUCAGUAGAAGAAGGCACCAAUAUAUAUUUCGAGUCUUCAUUCAACAAAACCGACGUUAUUGAAGAACCCAAUGAAAAAUUAAACAAGAUUAUACAUGAACCCAUUAAAAAUGUAAACGAAUCUUUAUCUAAUACAGUUGUGAAAGAUUCUAGUAAGGAAGAAACUAUUGACGUUACAACUGAAAAAGUAGUAAUUUUGACUACGAGAAAACCAGUAACGUUAACUAAACCACCAACAAAUAGAAAUAUCAGCCACAUUUUAAGUAACAAAAUUGAGACUGACACAGUGAAAAAGGCUAACCUUCUACCAAGUACGUCAUCACAAGAAGAAUCCGACUAUGAACCACCAGUAACUGUAGCAGCAAUAAAUGUUACUAAGCGAGGCUCAGUAAAAUAUAUUGAUUCCUUAACAACUACCACACCAAUCCCCACAACAACAAAAUCUCAAAGGCAAAUAUCUAGGAACAAAAUUAAUGAUCAAAGUAAAUUUAACAAAACUAUCGAACAAGUUGCCCAAGAAAAUCAAGUAAUUCCACUCCACACUUCCAGUGAAGAUCAAACAGUUACCGAGUCUAUUACAACAGAAGUGCGUGUGAAACCUGAUGAUUCGCCUAAAACUACUUCUCUGAAUGUAAUUUUAACAACCAUAAAACCCCCUAUAAAUACUUUCAAAACAUUACAAACUACUCAAGCUGUAUCUUCUGAAACAACAACAAUUAAAAACGAUGACUUUUUGACAACUGUAACACCAAAAACUAUUGAAGCUGUGUCGUUUAUUAACGAGGCAACCACAUAUAAAACUACGGACAGAAACGAAGUAACUACAGAGAUAGUAAGUGAAAUUACUACCGAAGCAUACAUAAAAGAGAACGUUACUACAGAUUUACCUUCUACCGAAUCAGAUUCUCCCAUUUUUACAACAAAUACUUCUCUUCGCAAAGAGAUUGAAAGCAAAACGGAUCCUUCAAGCGCCGCAACUACAAGUGAACCAGUUGAAAUAUCAUCAAGAAUUCGCGACACAACGAAUAUACCUGAAGAUUUGACUACAAGUACCCUGACUGUACCAACCACUGAGUCUGAAACGGAGGAAACAACAAAACCCGCAGAUGUCAAACGGUUUACUAAAGAAAAUACGGAUUUAUUCACUACAGAGCUGCCCAUUACAGAAAUUUCAACUAUUCCAGACACUACGUCUGAACCAGUUAUAACAACGACAGAAAAAACUACUGCGGAAAUUACUACAGGUAUAUCAACCGAAGAUAUAACCACAGAUGCUACAACAAUUGCUUCAACAAAUGAAGGAACGGAAAUUAUUAAAAAUGUAUCAGACAACGCGGAUUUGAAAUUAGAUACAACUACAAUUCAUAGUACUUCCACCAGUACAUCAACAUUUUCUAGUGUAUCUGAAAUGACUCCUACUGUAGCAUCAACUUCUACAACUAUUAGUACUGCCGCUACCACCAGUGAGCACGUUGCUAGCAAUGAAAUUCAUAUAAGUACAAAUCAUCCUGAAAUUCCAGUAACAGAUCAUUUUUCCACCACUGAAAUAAUAUAUAUCCACAUUGAAAAUGAUACAAUACUACGGCCAGAAACAAAUGAUUCUGGAUAUAAUUAUCCAACUCCUGAAAUCAUUAAGCCAGAUUUGAGAAAUUUAAAUAAUACUACUGCUACAACGGAAGAAAACAGCACUGGAGUUACAGAAGAAAACAAUAUGGGAGAUCCAGAUGACAACAAAGGAACCAUUGCUGCCAUUGUUAUAUCUUCAGUUGGAGGAGUAUGCUUGAUAGUACUAGCUGGAUUAUUGUACAUCAUGAGGAAAAGACAGAAACGAUUUAACUACGGUCAAAGAUGCACACCAGUCAGUCUGGAUGAUUACAGUAUGGACAACGUUUCCGCCUACAAUAGCGUAAGAAGGAAGGGAGGUGCCAGAGCCUCGAAAAGAUCUUAUGGAAAUCCUGCCUUUGAUGAUCCGGUGGCUGUGACACAUCCAUUAAACUUCCCCGCACUGGCCAAGUUUGCUUCAAAUUUGGAAGAUAUCAAGGCAGAAUACGAAGAAAUACCCCAAAUAACAGCGAGAACUUCAGAGCUGCCUGAAGGAUGCGAGACCAAAAACAGAUACGCUAAUGUUAUACCGCUUCCGGAGACCAGGGUAUUCCUGAACGUCAUCGAAGGUUACCCAAACAGUGAUUAUAUAAAUGCAAACUAUGUUACGGGUCCUAAAAAUACUAAAGGGUAUUAUAUUGCAUGUCAAGGCCCCAUGCAAAACACCAUUGAUGAUUUCUGGAGAAUGGUGUGGGAACAACAAUCCAAAGUAAUUUUAAUGAUAACUCAACUUUUUGAAAAUGGAAUUGAAAAAUGCGUGGAUUAUCUGCCUCCAUCAGAAGUAUUAGAUUGUCACCGACUGUUCGGUGACUUCCAAGUUACUCUCAAGAAGCGCGAGGUUAAAGAUAAAUAUAUAAUUUCAUCUCUACAACUAAAGAACAUGGUAUCAAAUAGUUGGAGAGAAGUUACUCAUUUCUGGUACUUAGGUUGGCCAGAAAAAGGAAUACCUUCAGAGGCUAACUCCAUUAUAGCUUUCUUAAUUGAAGCUAGAAGCUACAUGAAAUCGUCAACAAUAGAUAAGAAGAAUGGUGUGAAUGGAAUUACUAAUGGAUCGGCAGGAAUCGAUGUAAAUCCUGUCGUAGUGCACUGUAGUCCUGGAACAGGGCGUACAGGUGUAGUGAUAGCUUGUGAUAUUGCUAUUAGGGAGUUUGAGAAGACUCGUUUGGUAGACAUACCAAGGAUAGUGUACAGAAUAAGACGUGAUCGUGCUAGUUCAGUACAAAGUAGAGAACAAUAUCAGUUUAUUUACAAGGUUGUUAGUUUGUAUGCUGCUAAAUUAACUGGUGGAGCCCUAGAAGAAAUUUGAAAAUAAUAAGCUGGAGUAUUAUUUAUAUUUAAUUGUGAUAUAAUUUGGAAACAAUUUAUUUAAUCGUUUUUGUUACAAUCAACAGUAUAUAUGUCUAUGAAUUAUUGUAUGUAUAUAGGUAUUAAUAUAUUUUGUAUAUAUAGGUCCAGAAGAGCUCUCUAAAUGAUUCAAUUAGUAGUGCACAUAAUUAUAUUUUAUUGUAUAAUAAAUAUGUGUACUUACAUUUACCAAUUGAGAUGUAAUAGUAGGAAUAUUGCUGUAUCAGUAUAGUAAGGAAAAUGUUAAUGCAUGUAAAGUAAUUAAAAAAUUAAACAAACAAUAUACAGAUAUGGCGGUAUAUAGAUUUGUAUUAAAGAUAUAUGUAGAGAUUUAUUUUGUUAUAAUUUUUAUGUAAAUCUUAUAUUAUAAUGAAAUAUAUAUUUUAAGAUUA